AUUCAAUCCCUCCAAUUAUCCAUUUUAUUCUGAAUAAACAGAAUUAAUCGUUACUGUUUAUAAGCAGUCUCCCAGUCUUCGUUUUCCCUGCAUGCAGCGCUUGAUUACAAGAUUAUUCAUUUAAUUUUUGCUGACAUUGAAGGAAAUUAGUUAUACCUUUCGGAAAUGAUAAUAAGGAGUAUCUUUAGGAGAUAUGAGAGGUGGAAUCCAGUGCAUCCAACAUCCGGAGCCUUUUGGGGCGUGGGGGUGGGCAUUGGUUGCGGCAUAGGAUGGGGUCCCGGUUUUGGACAUGAGGUUGUCGGUUAUGUCGGAGCUGGCUGUGGUGCUGGCUUUAGCGUUGGGAUCACUUUUCUUGGCUUCGGAAUUGGCCUUCCGGCUAACUACAUUUUACAGCUCCCUUCUAGUGCUGUUAAGGUUACAACGAGGGGAGCAUGCGAUGUUGCUCGGGCUCUUGGGAAGAGGGGUCUUGAAACUGAUGCCUGGUCCGGGAUUAGUUCUAACAUCUCUGAAGUACUACAGAAUCCGUAUCAGUAUGUGCCUUUCUCCUCCUUCAAGGCUGGAAAUUGGAAGGAGAAUUUUGUAGAUUUUGAUUGCAUGAAAAGUUCGGUGGCUUCAAAUACUAAGCAGAUCGCUGAUUGCUUCCAAAGAGUUGCGGGGCGUUUCAGUCCUUCGGGUGGAACUGGUUCGAAGAGUUCAUAGCAUCAACUACCGUCAAAACGACUUCCCCUUGAGACUGGUUCGUGCCCGUGUCUGUGUCCAUACUGUUUUGUAGCGGUGAAUAUGUGUAUCCACGAGAGAAAAGUUCUCCAAAUUAUUAAGUUUUUAGUGUGAUAUGAGAUGUAUAAUGUUGUUCUUGAGGGAUUUGAUAUUGUAACGGAUAAAAUUGGAGCCCGAAAUGUGAUGCGGUGCAAGGGGUGGCGCUGCCGGGGUAAGCCUGACCAGGAGUCAUGGCUUGGCUGGCACCCCUGUUGCGGUAUGUGGUGCGGAUAAAACGGGCAUGAGCACAACUCACAUUUUAUUUAUUGCUAGUUCUCACCGAUUUUGUUUU